UUGAGCUAGAGACUAGGCGGCUACUUCCAGGACUGGUCCGGGCGUGGCCUGCAGUGAGUUUUAUGGGUGGGGGUGGAACCGAGCGCGAGCCGGGGCGGCGCCUGCGGAGGCCCCGGCCUUAGCUGUAGCAAUGCUGGGUGGGUGCUGCGGGAAUCGCGGACCGACACACCGUUAGAUCGAGAGUGGACCUGGGAAAUCGCUGCGAACUGCUGAAUCUCCCACAGACCAGGAGCUCUGGAGGGGCAGGGAGGGGCUCCAGACCCUCAGUACAUUGCACCUGACCCAACUAAGCUGGAUCCAAAUAUCCACAAGCUCUCUCACCUCCACUCAUGGCAGCCCUGUUCACCCUGUUCUUCGUGGCCCUGGCGGGCCUGCCUCUGGCCCAGGCCCUGGAAUGCCACGUCUGUGCCUACAAUGGAGACAACUGCUUCAACCCCAUGCGCUGCCCAGCCAUGGUUAGAUACUGCAUGACCACGCGUACCUACUAUACUCCAUACAGAAUGAAGGUGAGCAAGUCAUGCGUGCCCAGCUGCUUCGAGACUGUGUAUGAUGGCUACUCCAAGCAUGCAUCUACCACUUCCUGCUGCCAAUAUGACCUCUGCAAUGUUGCUGGCCUCGCUGUCCCGGGUGCCCUGGUCUUCGCCCCCAUUCUUCUGGCUACCAUCUGGAGUCUGAUUUAAGCCCUGCUCCCCCAGGAAGACCUGCUCAAAGACAAGCCUUGGACAGUUUCACCUUUUCACACUGCAUACCUUCCCCUACUCUCAGCUGUCUGAAAUCCCUCAACUGUGUCAGGGCCCAGGGUUAUCUGUAGCACUCCUACCCUCCAGCCACCCACAAGGCCUCACUCCAAAGCUGUUAGAGGGCUAGUAUGUGGGACUGGACCUCUCCAGGGGGCCUGACCUUGGUGGGCAGACUGGGAUCCUCAUCACAGGCAGGGGAAUCUGGAACUACUUCUGCAGGUGCAGUCAGUUAGCCCGGGAACUCUUACUGAAUAGGAAACUGUGCAGCAAGAACCUGCUGCAAUCUACAAAGUAGGUGAUGAGUGUGCUGGAGGGGAAGGGGAGAUUAGGAAUCUGCUGGUGGGUAAGCAGGAUCUAGCAGGACUUCUCUGCUUCCUCCUGAAGCCUGCAGCUGUCCAAUCCAGGUAUGGGAUGAGACCACUUAUGGAGACCUUUAUCACCACACCUGUCCCAGAAAGAGGGCCAGACCUGGAGUCACAUCAGCUCUUGACUUAGUAUGACUCUACUUCAGCAGGCCCCUGAGGGCCCCUCCUGCCUCAAAAGCCAUCCUAGGUGCAGGAAGGAGGCCAUCUUGCUCAGCCAGACCUGCUGACUUCUCCACCCCUGCCCCCACCCUGAGUGCAAGCCAGAGGUGCUGCUAUAUUUGGUCCACCCUGUACACCAAUGAAAGUCAGAUUAUUCUGGGCAGGACAGCACAGCAAGUCCUGCAGGAGAAGGGGAGGGAAUGUCCCUGUGUCAGGUGUCAGGAGAGGGACAGGGUAAGACUAGCUGCCAGCAGGGACAAGGCACGGGAAUGGCAUGCCAAUCUAAGAUCACUGCCUACUUCUUGCAGGCUGCACUUAGCUCUAUUCAUAGAUCCCUAGAUCAACCCCAGCAGAAUAAGUGUACAAGUAUCCAGCCCACAUCUGCACUGUUUGCCUGGAGUCCCAUGGGCCCCUUUCACCUUGAUGAAGUCUACAGGGAAGGCUUGAGGUCUCCCCUGGGCUAAAGCACUCCACUUCUCUAAGCAUUCAUUAGUUACUCCCUAAGAAUAAAACUCCAGAGCAGAUUUAGGAGGCACAGUUCUGCCUAACACCACCAUCUGAAUGUAGGUGGCCCAGGGAGGGCUUGCCUCCCCCUAUGAGCUACAGUAUGUCCUCUUCACUGAUAGUGCCCCUGUUCUGGUGCUGGAUGAGGGACCCCUCAAGCUGGCCCACCCAGGAGGAUAGGAUAGCACUAGUUUUCUUGUGGAAUUGUCCCUGUCCCAAAACAUACCCCUCUUAUAAGACCCCUGCUGGAUGUUGUACCCUGAGAGCUGCUUGGAGCUAUGCCCAGAAUGGGCUCCCUUCCCUAACCUUGUACAGACCUGGAGCUCUGUUCCUGGGACUGAGGGUACUCUCCUGUCACAGUUUUUCCCUUGAAGGACUGGUUUGGGGGUGAAAGGUGAAAUGGAAGGCCCCUAGUGAGGGUACAUUUCACUUGCCAGAGGAAAUCAGAAUUCACACAAGGACAGGAGAGGAGAAAGGACAAGUACAGAAUGCGCGGUAGCCAGUACAAGCCCAGGUCCUGCUGGGAGGGGCCAGAUGAGGCCCUGAGUCAAUGGGAGAUGACUGAGGAACUGUUAUCACCUUGCUUGUGCAAGUCCAUUACACAAGCAACGUCCUCAGCCAGAGCUGAGAGGGCCCCACGUUUGACCUUCCUUUUGUCUCAGUGGGAUGCCAGCUCACCUGUGGUCUCAGGGUAUUGGAGACACCCAUCUAGGUGCCACAGCAACCAUGCUGUCCUUAGCCCGGGAUUCUCUAGGACAGUAUGCUGCUUGGCUGGUCUGUCCUUGGUCUUGUCAGCAGCCCAACACAGCAGGUGCUCAAUUAGUGUAAGAUGAUGCCACUGCAGUUUAGGGAAACUGGGGCAGUGGUAUUGGCUAUCUGGUCUUGUCCAGGGUGGUGUGACCAACACCCACUUACUCCCACUACUCAUAACUGUAAGUGCUCCAGGGCAGCCUGCAAGCUGGGGACAGAAGUUAUGCUCCUUUACCAGUGGAAAUACCAAGGCAAAGAGAGAUAAGUUGUUAGUUACCCCAGGCCAACUGGCUCCCUGCUCACUCUCACCCCACUUACUAUGCAGGGUUUCUUUCCCACCAGCUUCAGUUCACUGGGGCUCUGCAUCCCCUUCAAAAAAUCUUAACAUGUUAGCCUUUUCUAGAACUGGAAAGCUUAGGGAGGAAAUCCAAACCAGAAGCCUCAGGAGACCAGGAUUAGAGUCAAGAGUCAGGCAUCCAGUCCUGUCUGAAUGCAAUGAAAGAGACAUGAGGUGGAGGGACAGAGAAAAAGGCAAAGGAAUAUCAGGCACCAUGAGGCUGGCCCUUCCCUGGGGCCCCAGUGCUUUGACCCAGUCAGUGACCAUUCCUACUCAAGGUGCAGCAAGAAAGAAUCUCAAUAUGAUUGGUCACCCAGGGUUCUUUCCUCUCAAGAGGGGCUUCCUGAUGCUCUGUAGCAUCAUGGAGUGGUACAUACUUUCCAUAGGAUGUGACAGAGACAGGAAGAAGAAACUAGCACUGAGGUGUUGACCUGGAGGUGCAGCCAGCUGUGAAUGCCCUGUGCAGCAGGUCCCUCUCCUGCUAAGGACACCUAUGGCCAGUUUCCCUGGGCCCCACGAAGGGAAGGCAGACAGAUAGCUUCUUAACCUCCCUUUUGUCUCUGAUUUGUUGCAGUGCACUUACGUUUCAUUUACAAACUUGAAAAAUAGAAAGAGGAAACUCUUUUCUUCCCAUACUAUUCCUUCUUGAGCAUGCUUCAUGAGUCCCACAGCUCUGGGUACCCUAGGAUCACAGCUCCAAGCCUGUACCCAGAUACCUGUGCCCAGAUGCCUGUGCCCAGCUAGGACAUGGACACAGGAGGCCAUGCUGUUCUGAUUUUCUGGGGUCCAGGUGCUUUCUUUACCCAUCUUGCUGCAGCAGCUAAUGCAACUUUAAGCUCUAACCCUUGCCCUGAUCUGGACCUGAAAUUUCACCCUUAGGCCAUAGCCCCUUCCACACUGUAUACCCAGCACCUCAGAGAACCCUCAAGAGCAUUCCUCAUGAAAUGGAUGAAUAAAUGGACAGAUACACA